AUGGAACUCAACCGAGAACAUUUUUGCGCCAUAAUUUAUUACAACUUUCAGAGACAAUUAUCGCAACAAGAAUGCCUUGCUGAGUAUGUUUUCGGCAAUGAAGCGCCACAUCAGUCGACAAUUUCCCGUUGGUAUGGAGAAUCCAAAUGUGGACGGGGGAGUCUUAGCGACGAUCCCAGGGUGGGUGCACCAAAAAUGGCAGUCACCCAGGAAAAUGUCGAUGCUGUGCGCAAACUCAUCAUUGAAGACAGACAUGCGACAUAUCGCGAGAUUGAGGCGGUUAAUUGGUGUCAAAAAACGUUUGACCGUUUCAAUUCCGAAAACUCAAAAAAUGUGUACAGCAUUUUUAGUGGCGAUGAAUCGUGGAUUUACUGUUAUGAACCAGAAAAUAAACGACAGUCGGCUGUUUGGGUGUUCCAAGGUGAACAAAAGCCAUCCAUGGUCGCGACAUUUGUGUCAAAAGCGGGUCAUAUUGCAACAAUUCCUCUUAACGAGCAAAGAACUGUUACUGCGGAUUGGUAUACCACCAUUUGUUUGCCAAAAGUCAUCACCGAGCUUCGAAAAAUCAACCCCGAAAGAAGAAUCAUCCUCCACCAAGACAAUGCAAGCUCGCAUACAGCCCAAAAAAUAAAGCAGUAUUUAACGGAAGAAAACGUGGAAUUAUUGGGCCAUCCUCCAUAUAGUCCCGAUCUAAGUCCUAACGAUUUCUUUACUUUCCCGAAAAUUGAAAACAGACUGCGGGGUCAAAGGUUCCAGUCACCAGAAGAAGCAGUUGACGCAUUGAAAAAUGCCGUUUUGGAUCUGCCAGCAAACGAGUGGGGUAAGUGCUUCGAAAAUUGGUUCGAGCGCAUGCAGAUAUUCACUGAGGCUAUCUUCCAGAUCUUGGGGGCCUCCCAUAUUAACCAUGUCGAACCUCGUACAUCCAGAACUGGCCGAUACGACCGCUCCUUUAACCCUAGGGUGGCUUUUCCCAGUUCUACUAACCUCUUUUAG